GAAAUAUUAUAGUUUGUUUUUCUUGCAGAUAAAUAAGUCUGUUAAUUUCAAUCUUGCUGUUAAUUAUUGAAGGAAUGAGUUUCUUCUUUCAAAAUCGACACAAUAAGACAUUCAAACCUCAUAAAAGUAUUCCUGAGGGUUCCCACCAACAUGAACUGAUACGGCAUGCUGCUGCUACGUUGGGGAGCGGAAAUCUACAGUUAGCCGUGGCACUGCCCGAAGGAGAAGAUUUGAACGAAUGGAUAGCAGUCAACACCGUCGAUUUCUUCAACCAGAUUAACAUGUUGUACGGAACUAUAUCCGAGUUUUGUACGGCAACCAAAUGUGAAGUUAUGUCAGCGGGACCAAAGUAUGAAUAUCAUUGGGCAGAUGGAGUUACGAUAAAGAAACCGAUUAAAUGUUCGGCACCGAGGUAUAUCGACUAUCUGAUGACGUGGGUCCAGUGUCAGCUCGACAAUGAAGAAAUCUUCCCGUCCGCUGUGGGGGUUCCAUUCUCUAAAAACUUUAUGUCGAUCGCUAAAACGAUUCUGAAACGUUUGUUCCGUGUUUACGCGCAUAUUUACCACCAGCAUUUCUCGGAUGUGAUGGGACUGGGGGAGGAAGCUCAUCUUAAUACUUCAUUCAAACAUUUUAUCUAUUUUGUGCAAGAAUUUAACCUCAUCGACCGACGGGAGUUGGCUCCACUGCAGGAACUAAUCGACAAACUGCUCAGCCGGGACCGGGAAAAAUAUAAAUAAAUCAUCAAAUCAAAUAUAUUGGACCAAUAGUAUUGUAUCGUGUUGUUUUAAAUGCUGUUUAUCAUUAAGCUGUGCAAAUGAUCACGUUAAAUGAGGAAGUCCUGACCGUCAACGAUUAUAUGAUGUAAAUAAAAUAUCUUGAAGUUAAAUAUCUUUCAUUCAAAACUGUGUUUGCAGCAUUUGUGCCUUAUAUCAAAUCUUCCAAACUUUAUGACAUCACAAUAAUAAUUCUUAUACAAUAACUGAAUGUAUAAUUAUCAAUUGUUAUUGUUUUUAUCAUAACAAGAUACAUUGUUUAUGUUAUUGUUACGUAAUAAAACUAACUGUCCAUAAUAAUGCAUGCAAUCUAAAUAUUUCGACAUUGUCGUUUAGAA